AAGUUCUUGGAACGCUUGACGCGCGGUUUAACGAGAAACGCCGUUUUCAUCCUCAAACUUCAAUCACAAACACCAGGAAGCAAUUACCGACAAUCACCAUAAUAAAACUUCCAAAUGAGUCAUUCAAAGACCAUUCCAGUGCUAGUUCAUUACUCACGAGACUGCUGUAUGCUUGAAUGACAAAGAAGAGGAGAUUGAUUCUGUGGGUUUCACAGAGCUGUGCUGCCGAUGGCGUCAGAGGCGCUAAACACGGGGGGAUUCUCAGAAAACCAAUUCUGAGAAGUCAGACGAAGUGAACAAGCCAAACCCUGCAGUGUUCCGCUUCUUGUUCAGUUUUAGGACUCUAGCUGAACAGAAACACCGCUCGUUUAUCAACACCAUGUCCGUGUUAUCUAACGUACUCGCGUAGUUUGUUGAAGUACUGUGACAGUCCUGACGCUGUGAACUGUUUGUCAUCGCUCAAGGAAGACUAGAUUAUUUUUGGAAGUCCGAGUAAAAACCUCAGGAACAAAGAAACUUUAAGGAAUCCGGACGAUAUCAAACAAGACGUCUUGAGAAUGAUUCUGUGCGUCCAAGGGCCAGCUCAUUUGCAAGACACCGCCGAUCCAAUGGUCCGGUUUCCGGUGGUGACCUUCUCCUCUCCUCGCUGCAUUCAUGCAACUGUUGCCUUAUGGGACCCCAGCAAAGAUUUCAGAUCUAUCUCCAAUAAUUUCUCCUAUCUGGAUGCAUCAGGUUGGUACUGGGGUGCCAUCUCUGCCAAUGAGGCCCACUCUGUCCUACAGGGGGCCUCGGAGGGAACUUUCCUGAUACGGGAUAGCAGCCACCCUCUUUAUAUGUUGACACUGUCAGUUAAAACUGGUCGCGGUCCCACGAACGUUCGCAUCGAGUACAGUCUGGGACGUUUCCGUCUGGACUCCAGUUCCCCGGCCAGAUCUCGUCUGCAGUCCUUCCCAAACAUCCCCAGCCUCGUGCAGCACUACGUGGGCUCCAGGAACAAAGUGGAGGAGGAAAAGACAGAGGAGUCUGAUCACGUAACAUCUCCGGUCCCCAAGGAAUGUGCGGUGUUGCUAAAACUCAAACGGCCGAUGCAUCGUCCUCAAGCCUUCCCUUCUUUGCAACAUCUCACUCGCCUGGUAAUCAACAAACACACCACUUGCACAGAGAGCCUGCCUCUACCAAGACUGUUACUGCAGUAUCUUCAGGAUUACCCUUUCCAGCUCUGACAUCGCCAUGGAAAUGCACACCACGGCCAGUCACGAGCUGGAUGCUGAUGUUUUGACGGCGGCAAGUUACAUGCACAGCCCUAAUCAGAGGUUUGGGUCAAAAACCAGUGUUAACCACUUGAAGAGUGACUCUUGUUUCUGGAGCAAGUUUUUGAUGGUCAGCAAGUCUAUCUUCAUCGAUAGAUAUACCCUAGUUGGACUGAUUCAAGCCAUGUCCAGAAAUUAACUCAUGAAGAAGCAAGCGACUCCACUUUUGUGUCAUACUGUUAAAAGUGUGAGAGGUUAAACCACAGGCUUGGGGUCUGACAUGAAUUGAAUGUUCAUGAAACUUUUGUACUGGUCACGUGACCCCCUUUAGCAACGGUUCAAAAUGAGAACACUGAUCUUGUCUGAAACUCUGAGCUCACGAGAAGUACAUGCGUAGCUUGGUCUUCAGCCCUCGAUAAAGGCGAGCUUAGUCACUGCGCUGCCUUGACUAGAAUUGUUUCUUUCCUUGAAAGUAAAAUGCAGUGAUUUUGGGUUUUUAUUUGGACUAUUUUAAUCGAGAAUUACAUCCCUUUUUUUUUUUUUUUUUUUUUAUAUGCCCACAAUGUGGAGUUUGUAUGUAUUUAUGGAUGAAUAAUCCUUCAUUUUCUAAUAAAAGUGACAAUCAAAUUUACUUUAUAAGGAUUUAUCCAGUAUUUUAUCAUUAAAUUGGUGUCUUUUGCUACUUCUGAGAAUAA